AUCGACUCCAACCAACCGACUUCAGCCUCUCCGAUGCUUGCGCCAUGGCGCCCAUUGUCCAUCCACCGCGCGUGCGUGGCUGCGCCUCUGUGGCGCCUGCACCGCGGUCCCCGCGGAACCGGCUCAGCCGUCCAGUUCCACCCUCCGGGGCACGCAGCACCCGCAGAGAAGGUGAGCGCCUUCAGAGGCUAUUUGCAUCGGACGGUGGAGAAGAAGCAGCCACUGGAGAUCUUGCCCUGGGGCCCCGAAGCUGUCCGAAACUCUCUGCAGCUCCUGGCUUCUGCGCCCGCCGCUGUUUGUUUCGAGGUGGAAGGAAGAAAAGGAGGGUCUGAGAAGGAACUGCAGUUCCACUUCAGAUCUCUGGACAUCUUGACCUGGGAGGACUACCUGCCCACACGGGUCAUGAACUCGCGCAGCCUGGCGGUGACCGAGGAGACUUCUGCGGUGAAGCUGUCCCGGGACUUGGUCUCUGCACUGCAACUGGCGCCUGAAGGAGAGCAAGCCGUUCGGGCUUUUGGCCUUUGGGAUGAUGAGACAGGCAUCAACGUCUUGGUGAAAGCACUGGCGAUGGCGCCAUCCCUCUAUCCCUUCAAGAAGCUGAGAUGUGUAGCGAACGUGGUGAAUCCAGUGGACGACCCUCGCAGUCGAAUCUUCCUCUAUCUCACCUUCGGAGCCUUUGUGGAUCCGCCGUCUCUGAGCGACCGUAGCUUUGUGGCCUAUCCCCCGGGCAAGGAGCCGGAUCCGGCAGCGCUGAAGCGGUUCUAUGCCGCAGUGCAGGAUCAGAUUCAUCAAGGAAAUCGAGUGCAAAUGGACUGCAUGGGUGCAGACGCGAUCCUGCAUGCGGUUCGCGCUUUGUCUCUAGUGAAGGGCUUCACAGCAGAGUUUCGAGUGGAGGUGACUGGGAAAGCCAAACCGCAAGAACAGAGUGGGAGCGAGUUCCGUCCGUCCAGAAGCAAGAUUCGCUUUCGUGCCUGGCGAGGGCAAACCUGGGACGAUUUCAAUGCGAUCGACUUCGCGCAGACGAGUAAGCGGAUUGCUCGAGAGCAAACGCCGAUUGACAAGCUGGGCUGGGCUGUCCUGGCAGAGGUGAGGAAAUCCAAGGCAGUGGCCCUCCACUGCUUUUCGGAUGAGACCAACGCGGUGGCCGUGGCCAUCCGAGCCUUGGCCGCGUUGCCUCGUUUGACCAGUGGCCGGCGCUUCUACGCCGUGCCCAGCUUCGGUCGCGCUGGAGCCGAUCAGCGGCCGGUGCUGCGCUUCUACGUGCGCCGCUUCCGCGGAGCGGGCGAGGCGGACGGUGACGGUGCGGCGGAUGGAGAUGCCGGUGAGGUUUGAUUCACUGGUUGACCGUCAAGCCAGACUGCAGCUCCACAGCUUCGUGCCAGCUUCGCCGUGAUGUGUUGCUGCUGGAAAAAUAGCCGUGGGAUUUUGGAUCCAUCGGAAACGGAAACUGUUUUGUCUGUUCGAAAGCACACCGUGCUGGGUAGUGAGGUAAUAGAUCUCGCACCGACCCUGCUAGAGAAAUCCCGAUCGACCUUUAGAAUACACAAAAGCACUCGCAAAAAUCCGGCACUUGGUCCAACAAUUUCCAGAUCGUUUCGGUUUUGCUUUGCCAGACUCGACAUGGUCCAAAUGUAUCCAAAUGUUGCCAGAGUGCGCUUGAGGUGGCUCGUCAAGGACGAGUCCGAAAGCAUACGUGAAAGCUUA